CUGAGACUGAGGGAGCGCGCAACUCUACCAGCUGUCCUCUGAGGGGAACCCUUACCGCCCCUCCCCAAAAGACAUGUCUGCAACCGCGAAAAACACAGAAUUUUGAGUCAUUUAUCCUUCAGGAUACGAGGACCUGCUCAUAAAUUCACUCGCUUCGAUAUUACAGCCCUGGUAUCAACAUUAUCACACAGCGACAGCCCAUCGAUUACCGGCAGCACAGCAACGCCCAUAGCAACGGCACUGCGCAUCCUCAUUCUGUUUCUCUGACCCAGCAACACCGGCCGCCCUCCACCAUCACCAACCUGUUUUUCAACGACCUUUUAAACGCUGGAUCCAUAUCACACCGUUGUGUUUUUCUUUUUAUCGCAAAGGACCAUGGACGCACCGAGUGCGGUUAUUCUCUCAUCAGUCAAAGUCACUCCUCAUCCUGAAAGCCCUUCCUUCAGCUGAAACACUGAGGGAUCCUCGUCCCUUCAGAUCACCUGUAAAUUCUGGCCUAUCAAGGACCUGGCAGCAGCACGGGAGCUCCGCCCACCACACCCUCUAAAUGAGGGACAAGGCCACUCAGACCCCUAGGGCCUGGGUAGAUGAGCGGAGGAGAGGUUCUCAUAAGCGAUCGGCUUCCUGUGGCAGCACUGACCAGCUGAAAGAGAUCGCAAAAUUACGACAACAGCUCCAGCGGAGCAAACGCAGCAGCCGCCACCGCAGGGACAAAGACCGCAAGUCACCCUUUAAUGGCAACCAUGCCAUCAUCCAGUCACAGACUCAGAUGCCUAAAACCAUCCUGAUUCCCAUCCCCAUCUCAAAGUCCACACCUCCCAGAUUUCGGAACAGCAUAGAGGGGCUCAACCAGGAGAUUGAACGCAUCAUCAUACGGGACACUGUGGAACGAGAUGAGAUCAUAGUACCACAGGAGGCUCCUGAUGGGCACCGUGCGCCCCCUCCCCUCCCCCAGCGCAGCAGCAGCACACGCAGUAUUGACACACAGACGCCCUCCAACGGCGCGCUCGGCAGUAACCGUAGCAACAGCAGCAGCCGGGCUGACUCUGUCUCGCCCUCGUACCUCAGCAUCCUCAACGACACCGUCAGAAACAGCCCGCACGAUGACACGCUCAGCGAGAGCAAAGAAAGAGACCUGGGACCUUGGUCACCACUGCCCAAAUAUGCUUCCUCUCCAAAGCCCAACAACAGCUAUAUGUUUAAACGUGAGCCUCCGGAGGGCUGUGAGAGGGUUAAAGCUUUUGAAGAAAUACAGCCAAGGCCUUUCCAGGAGAUUCCUCCAUAUCUCUGCCCAGACAGAAACAAAGUGAACUUCAUUCCCAAGAGCGGCUCUGCUUUCUGCCUGGUGAGCAUCUUGAAGCCUCUGCUGCCCACCCAGGAGCGGAACUUCCGCAGCGGGGUGGGAUACUGCAGCAUCUCCCCCUCCUUGGUGCCUCUGGGUGGGGUUGCGGUAAGGAGCCUGUCCCCCUCCAUGGGUCCCAUCCUGUCUCGUGGACGUCAGUCACCAUGUCUCCCACGACAUCUUGAGGAGCCAGAGGGUUAAAACAGAACAGAAGAACAUUUUCCCCACACUCCUGUAUCGUCUGAUAGAGUCGGAGCUUUGUUAGGAUUUUAAGAACAGGUUCUGGACAACUCAGAGUGAUGUCAGUCUGAAACUAAAACAUGAGCUUUUGUUUUGUUUUUAUUUUAUUUGAUCUAAGGGUAAUAGUAUUCAUUGUAAAAUGAUGAUUGAAAGCAGGUUUUUCUAGAUGGUGUAUGUAUAUAGAUGAAACAAUUUUAGUAUUGCACUGCUUUUUAAUUUCUCAACGAUUUAUUGUAUUUUACCAUAAAGCCUUUGAAUUUUCUUAUGUGUAGCUGCAUCUUUUAAUAUACACAAAAGUUUGGAAUAAUGAGGAUUUUUUUAAUGUUUUUGAAAGAAGUCUCUUAUGCUAACCAGUUGAUCAAAAGUACAAUACAAACAACAAUAUUGUGAAAUAUUUUUACAGUUUAAAAUAAACAUUUCCUGUUUUAAUCUAUUUUUAAAUGUAAUUUAUUCCUGUGAUGGCAAAGCUGAAUUUUUCUGCUAAAAUACUGAUUUGAUGCCCUGGAAACAUUUUUGAUUACGAUCAACUGUUUUUGCUGCUUAAUAUUUUUGUGGAAAUCGUUAUGGAUGACAGGUAAAAACAACCUUUUAUUUAGCAAGGAUGCAUUAAAUGUAUCAAAAGUGACAUUUCAUGAAUUUAUAAUGGUAUAAAAGAAGAAGAAAAUUAAUUGAAUUCAUCGAAAGAUCAUGAUAACUAUUUAUCAUGAUUUCCACCAAGCAAAAACUGUUACCAACAUUGAUAAUAAUAAGAAAUCAGGAUAUUCAAAUGAUAUCUAAACAAUCACGCGACACUGGAGACACUGAAAAUUUAGCUUAAGGAUUUUUUUCUUUUUUUAAACAUAUUCAAAUUACUUUAAAUUGUACUAUUAUUUCACAAUAUUACUGUUUUACUCUAUUUUUAAGUGCAACAGUCAGCAUAAGACACUGCUUUGAAAAACAUUCAAAAUCCUGAUCGUGCCAAACUUUUGACCCAUAAUGUACAUGUGAUUUGAUUUACUGGAGAAAUGGAGGUUUUAGGUCACAGUUUUGCUUACAUUUAGUUUACAUGCAGUGUGACUAGUGCUGGAGGAACCACCAGAAAUCUUGUAGCAGAUUUGAGGAGGACUAACAAACGUGCCUGACUCCCACCACUUGUCUGUUGGACCCCAUUUGCUUACAGUCUUUUUUCUAUCAUCGUCUGACCCUACAUCGUUUAAAUGUAUAGAGCCCUUCCCCAUAUACAUAACCUGUAUGUGCUUAAUGUGAUUUGCUGGUGAGAGGAGGUUUUGAUGGUGCACGAGCAGCCUGAACACAGAUUAAGAGGAGACAUCGAUCAAAUGUACUGGACAGUUUUAUGAUUAUGAUGCACUUUUCAGCUUUGUUGCUUAAUUUUAAGAUUGGUUCAAAUGAAAGGAGUCAUUAAUGUAAUUAUAAUAGCGGGAAGGAAAAUCAGAAUUUAUUGGAUAUGAAAGAAUAACAGCAAGAGGAAAGAGAUGCAAAUAAUUUCAAAGAGGGAGCCAUGGCUUUAGCUAAUAGUGAACUGAAAAUGUACUGAUUUGAACUGUAGCAUCUUUAUACUGUGAUAUAUGCCACCUCAAAUCUUCCUUUCUUCCAAACAGAAAAAAAAAAGUUGAAAGAAAAUGGGCAGUCCUGACAAAAUGUAUGUAAUUGCCUUAAUAUUAAAUUGAAAUGGAGAUGUGUUUGUAAAUUAGACAGGUGCCUGUUUUGUUUAUUUCAUGAGAAUAAACCUCAAAAUGGGUGAAACUGUUCGCUUGACAGGAUCAAAUGUAAUUUAAUUGAAUUUUCUUACCAUAUGAGAACUGAUUACAUUGACCAAUAAUGAGAGACAUAACGAACAGAAACAGAAUUCUACUCAAAUUUAUUUGCUCUCAGAUGCAAGAUCUCAAUCCAGUUUCCUUCAAUGAAAUUGUACAUCAUUUAACAGAAACAAAAGGCAAAGUUGCAUAAAAUAAACAGUUGAAAGCA